CGAUACUUACGUAAUUUUAGGUUGACCUGUUUUUUACGCCGAUUUUCCAAUUAAAGUGGUUUUUUUAACGCAGAUUUCGAAAUAUCGUGGUUUUUUAAGCGGAUUUUCCAAUAAACACGGAUUGUUUUAAUGCGGUUUUUUAAGAGGUUGGUAUCCCCCGCGUAAAAAAACCUGGGUGUAUAUGCAUAUUUUAGUGCCAUCAUCUGAGCCGUUGGGCAAGGCGAAAACUAUUUUUUCUCCACAAUUUUAAGCCGUAAACAAAACAUAAACAAAUUGAUUUUUUCGGGACCCCAUUGAACGGUUUCGAAACACCGUUAUUACUCCUAUCGUGUUACUGCUGUUGGUCUCCGAUAAAGUUCCCGAUAAUCUGUAAAAAUCGUCAGUAUCUUUCGCCUCUCGGCAGACAAAGAUGAUAACGCAAGAUUACUGUCGCUUAUUAAACGUUCAAAUACAUUAUCUCACAUUGUCAGUGUGUUUCCGACAGCGACAGCUACCACUCUGGUCGACCACAACGCAGUGGGGGAGGGGAUUAAAGACCGAGUUUUACUCAAAAUGAAGACGUUAUUUCUGCUGAGUUUAGUGCUUCCGUUCGUAGCUGUCGGGCUCAGACAGCGACAGUCGGCGCUGAAAGACUGGUGGGAGACAGCAUUAUUUUAUCAGAUCUAUCCGCGCUCGUUUUACGAUACCAAUGGUGAUGGCAUUGGUGACAUAAAGGGCAUAACGGCUAAGCUGCGGUAUCUGAAAGAGACCGGGAUCGAUGCGGCUUGGCUAAGUCCGGUAUUCAAAUCUCCUCAGCGAGAUUUUGGGUACGAUGUCAGUGAUUUUCGUGAGGUGGACGAAUUGUUCGGUUCGAACGACGAUUUGGAGGAAUUGUUUGCGGAAGCGGGGAAAUAUGGAAUCCGAAUAAUCUUGGAUUUUGUGCCAAAUCAUUCCAGCACUGAACACCCGUGGUUCAAACAAUCCGAACUAAGGCAGGAACCAUACAAGGAUUAUUACGUGUGGCAUCCGGGGAAGCCAAUUCCCGGACAGGAAAAACCCGAUGUGCCUAAUAACUGGAAUUCGGUUUUCUAUGGUUCGGCUUGGGCGUGGAGCAACAUACGAGAAGAAUACUAUUUGCAUCAGUUUGAGGUUGGCCAACCGGAUCUCAAUUUCAGGAAUCCAGCAGUGAUCGCAGAGUUUGAUGAAAUUUUACGCUUCUGGAUGGAGAAAGGGGCUUCCGGAUUCCGUGUCGAUGCUGUGAAUCACAUGUUCGAGGAUGAACUAUUUCGAGACGAACCCGUUGACGAUCCGUCCGAUCCGUUGAGUUAUGGCUACACUAAUCAUAUGUACACGAAUAAUUUGCUGGAAACGUACGAUGUUAUCGGACAUUGGAGGCGAGUGCUCGACAGUUUUGCCGAGGAGAAUAAUCGAGACACCAUAGUGAUGAUGACCGAAGCGUACACUAGUAUGGAUAUGAUAAUGCGCUUCUAUGAGUCGGACAAUGGUACCGAACAAAGAGCUCAUUUCCCAUUUAACUUCGCUAUGAUAACUGAUUUGAAUGAACACUCCGAGGCGAUUGAUUUCAAGAAUGUGAUUGAUCGAUUUUUGGAAAAUAUACCCCGUGGAAAGGUUACUAAUUGGGUCCUUGGGAAUCAUGAUCAACCACGAGUGGGUAGCCGUUAUGGACCUGACCGUAUCGACGGUUUGCUGCUUCUUUUGUUGACAUUGCCGGGGGUCGCGGUUACUUACAAUGGGGAAGAAAUCGGAAUGCUUGAUUUCCGAGACAUCACAUACGAGGACAGCCGGGAUCCACAGGGUUGUAACGUUGGAUCUGAGGAGUACAAGUGGAAGUCGAGAGACCCUCAGCGGACACCUUUUCAGUGGGAUGAUUCGUACAAUGCAGGCUUCUCCAAUGCAUCCAAAACAUGGUUACCGAUACAUCCGUACUUUCGCCAAACCAAUCUUCUUAAGCAGAUGGAAGCGGAAUAUAGCACUUACAAGUUAUACGUGGAUGCUGUGAAGCUUCGUAAAAAUCGAGUCUUUACCCACGGCCUUUUUAAGUCUCGGGCACUUACUGAGAAUGUCUUCGGAUUUGCACGCUACAUCAAAGAUCAGGGGGAUGCUGAGCACGGUUCCUACGCUAUCAUUAUUAUCAACAUGAGUAACGAAAAGACAACGGUUGACUUGUAUGAUCUAUUUGCGGUCAGUACUGAGACGGUGGUUCGACUUGCGGGAAGAGAUUCACACUAUCACGUUGGGCAACAAGUAAACCCCUCCAGUAUCCCGCUGGGUUCAUAUGAAUCGCUUGUUAUUAUGGAUUCCGCAGCAACCACUCUGCACAUAGCGAAAACAAUGAUAAUGGUACUGAUAUCGCGACAUCUGUUCACAUAAUCGUACUACAAUAAACAAACCUAGCCGACCGAUAAAAUCGUGUCGAUGGACAUCAUCAAUUUUCAAUUAAGCAGAAUUGAUAAUUCGCAGUCAGUUUCAGGCCUGAGUGAGUGUUUUACAAAUUUUCCUAAUAACUGAAAGCAACCGAAGCAGAUACAACAAACUGAAUAAGUUAUAAACUCGGGUCGGAUGGUCGUGAAAGGAAGAGCACUUAGUCCCACUUUGUAGUUAGCGAGUAAUGCCCAGAGAAAGAGUGUCUGUUCAAUCAUUCACGAGUCGGAUUAAAAACGUUGAUUCGUUCCAGGCCGGGGCAGUGCUCAUUCCGUCACCGAAAGUUAGAAUCGUAAGCCAAGGACAAAGAUUUAUUCAUAAUAGAACACCUAUUUACACUUCCAUUCCACUGGUCGGGGCGUUAAUCAGGUCGGGGAUAUUCAGCUGCCACUUAUUUGGUUUUGUUGAUUAUUUUUAGUGAUGAUAAUAGCCGGAGGAUGCUUGACUUUUUCGUUUCCGUGGUGGAGUUGUAAAUUUUGUGUUAAGGAGGAGAACGAAUAACGCUGAAAAUACAAUUCCGGAGAAAUUAUAAUAAUCAAUCAGUCGCUGGAUGUUUGCAUGUUUUGGUGAUCUUCAGAAAAAAAUUACAACGCUGUAGCAGAUCAACAACGCUUGAUUGAAUUGAAAAUUUAUUAUCGCCUCAGGUAUUUCGGAUGGAAAUGGACAAAUUCUCGACGUGCAAUUCGAUAAUCUCUCUAUAUCGAAACAGCUUUCUAAUAUUGAAAAUUAAUGUUGCUGCUACAUAUUUUUUAUCUUUUCAAUUUUCGAACUCUAUUCUAACAAUAUCAAAACUAUUAAGGGAGUUUGUCUAGAAAUUUAAAAACAUUUUUUUUGACUUAUUUCUCAACUUUAUAUAUUUAUGAAUGUGACUGUGAAUGUGGAAGAAGUUUUCGAAAUCCCUAUUAUUUAUCGAGUCAUAGUUAUUCCAGUGAUGUGAUAUCCAACAUGGUACGACUUUUACUAGAAACUUUAAAGCGUUUUUUUUAAAUUACUUUUUUUUCAAGAUGAUGUACACGAUAUCUCAGGCUCUACUGAACUGAUUAGUUUCAAGUUUAUAUGAAUACAUCUAUAAAUCUCUCUAUCGCAUGACACAAUAACUUUUUUAAUUUUUAAAAUUUAACUCUUUAAAAAAAAUUAAUUCGUUCUGAAAAAUGGGUUGAAAAAACUUUUUUUAAACGGCUUGACAUUUUGUCCGAAAGCAGUAUUCGGCUUGUCCGAUGUUCAUACCAUAGUGGCGUCUUUACGAAUUAAGAAUAUAUUGGAUUUUUUUGGUGUCUGAUAGGCAGAAGAGCUAAAAAAUCGUGUACGCCAGGGCCCCGUUAUAUCUAGGAACAAUC